AGUGACCGCUGGGUGCCGCCUGUGGGAGAAAUCCGGAAGAGUUCAUUCAAGGAACCAGUGUUUGGAGGGGCAAGCAGGACUUCAGUGCGGCUCGUCGAGCUCCCAAACUCAGCGAGGGAAAAUCUGCACGCGAAAGGAAAUGUUUUACUGAGGAUUCGCAAAUGUUCUCUACAUCUCGUCGCUGUUUCGCAGAGAUUAACAGCCGAGAUGUCUGGAAACGAAAAACUUUAUGGAUUCUUUUUCGUUUGCUCCACACUUUCUUUGCUGUUUGGUGAGAAACCGGGAGACGACUGUGGCCACGCCGUCCUGGGCCCCGAGAGCGGAGUCAUCUCCUCCAAGAACUACCCCGGCACCUACCCCAACAACACCCGGUGCCAGGUGAAGAUCCGCCUGGCCGGGGGCACCGGCGUCGUCCUCAAGUUCGCCGACCUGGACAUCGAGGCCAAGCAGUGCGACUCCGACCACGUCGUGGUCCUCCAAGGGGCCUACGGCGGCGACCCCGUGUUCGGGCCGUCCUGUGGGAACCUGAAGACGCAGCCCAGAGACACGGUGCUCGUCGACUCCAAUGAGAUCACCGUCCAGUUCCAGAGCGGAGUUCACAUCUCUGGCCGAGGGUUUCUCCUGUCCUACGCUACGAGGGAUCACAAGGAUCUGCUCACCUGCCUGGACAAAGGCAGCCAUUUCUCAUCCUCAAAGUACACGAAGUACUGUCCGGCAGGAUGCAAAGCGGUGGCCGGGGACGUGUCCGGGGACGUUGCGCAGGGCUACAGACACACGUCCGUCCUGUGCAAAGCGGCCGUCCACGCGGGCGUCAUCCUGGACGAGGUGGGUGGGGCCGUAACGGUGGAGGAGCACAAAGGCCGCAGUCACUACGCCGCCGCCAGAGCCAACGGGAUCCAGUCCAAAGACGGCUCCCUGUCCGACACCCUCUUCACGUUCGUCACUGACGACUUGAAGAAGCAGACGACGUUGCGUCCCGUGUCGGUGAACGCCAGCUCCUGGUGCCCGAGAUUUGCGGAAGCGUGGUGCUCGCGCGACUGGUCCCCCAACGGCACCCUCCCGGACACCGGGGGGCGCACGUGGGCGCCCGAACACAACGACCGCAAGCAGUGGCUCCAGCUGGACCUGGGGGAGAAGAAGAAAAUCACGGGGAUCAUAACCACAGGCUCGACUCUCCUGGAGUUCGACUACUAUGUUCGGAGUUACAAGAUCGAGUACAAGGAGAGAAACCGCUGGAAAACAUACACGCAGAACAACAGCUCAGACUACAUGGUGUUUGAGGGGAACGUGGACAGCCUCCACACGGUGCGGAACACCUUCCACCCGCCCAUCGUAGCGCGCUUCCUGCGCAUCGUCCCCUACGCCUGGAACCAGAAGAUCGCCCUCAGAGUGGAGCUGCUGGGCUGCCCCUAUGUCAGAGCGAACCUGUCCUCCCAGAUCAUCCCCCUGGAGACCGUGCGGCCAAAAUCCAGCCGCCCCAGGGAGGACGAGCAGACGACCCAGCCCGUGACCUCUCAGGCUGACAUAGUGCAACUGGCCAUCAUCAUCGCCUCCACCGUGGUGGGCGUGCUGCUGGUCGUGGUGGGAAUCUGCGUUUUCAAGAGCCUGCAGAAGAAGAAGACAAAGGAGACGCCGUACGGGGCCACAGACGCACAGGAAACAGCAGGCUGCUGGAAGCAGAUACAGCCAUUCUCCCGUCACCAGUCCACAGAGUUCACCAUCAGCUACAGCUCUGAGAAGGACCCCGUGCAGAAGCUGGACCUGGUCACCAGCACCAUGGCGGAGUACCAGCAGCCCCUGAUGAUCGGGACGGGUACGGUGGCCCGGAAGGGCUCCACGUUCAGGCCCAUGGACAUGGAGGCCAAGGACGAGGCCGCCGCCGACCCCGCCGCCGCCCACUACGACUACCUGCACACGGCCAACCAGUACGCCCUGCCCCUGACCAAUCAGGAGCCGGAGUACGCCACGCCCAUCAUCGAGCGCCACACCUUCCGGAAGGAGGGCUUCUUGCCGGACCCCUGCUACAGCGUGCCGGGCGCGGUCCUCAGCAAGACCCCCUCCUUCAAGGCCGUGGACUGCGGGCCCCCCAGGAAGGCGGGGGCCUUCUACCAGACCCCCCAGGUCAAAACGGACCGAGCCAACAACUCGGAGGGCGUCUACGACUGCCCCAAAGCGAGCGCGCCCCCGGCCCAGAACGGGACGGCCGGGGACUACCAGAGGCCCCAGGCCAAGCCGUCGGUGCUGGAGAGCUACUCCUCCCCCAGGGACUGCGUGAAAGCUGGGGGCGCUGUGACCCCGAACCCCGGCGUCUGACCCCCAAAACAGGACACGCUUGCGCUUCGGUCCAUCACGCUGGGUUAACCGGCCCGAGCGACUCUUUUUACCGUAAAUAAUUUUGUUUGGACCGCGUCUGGCGGCAGGGAGACACCUGUGUCUGUGCCCGUGGUGUAGCGCCGAUCUCCGCGGACAGACUGGAGGAGCAGUUACAAAGCCGCGCGACGGACCGCGCGUGUGUGUGUCUGUCGUUUUUAUACGUGGGUCCAGAUACGUCGGUUUUUUCACCCCGUGUAAAAAUGUUUGAGGGCGUCGGCUUUCUCGAGGGCACGCGGUGAACGCUUUGAGGGAGGCGGUUGAAGGUUUGUAAAAUGCGCUUGGAGCCUAGCGUUUGGGAAAUUCCUUGCGUCUCCAUACACCGUGACCCGCGAUGGCAAGCGCUCACAGGUGAAAGAAUCCGUGAUCUGGGUGCAGGUCGGGGCAAUGCCGAGCGCAGACUAAAGGUUGACUUGCCUUUAAUUCUCAUUCACUGGGAUUUGGGAAUUAGCAGCUAAAUACCCAGCUAAGAGCGCGAUCAGGUCCAGCUUUAACGUCUGCUUCCUUAUGUCUUCCAGGGGGCCUGUUAGAAAGGGAAACGCGUAUGUGCACCCGAAGCUCUGAAUCAUCUGUUUUAAUAGCUGCCUCCCCAGAUAUGAUUGAGGGGCGGUGAUAAAAAAAAAAAAGAGAGAGAA